UUCAGGCUGUCAGAGGAUGUCCAUCGUGCCAGGAGCCUCUGCUACCUCUGACAGCCUCCAUCUCUCAGAGAGGCUCAGCCAGACCUGUCAGCCUGCAGAAGGUGCAGAACCCAGGGACAGGUCUCCCAGCUCCCAUGGACCCUUGGCCCUCGACAACAUGGGCGCAUCCCUGACCACUGACAUGGCCAGGGAAAGCCCACAGAUCCAAGUGGGAGCCCAGCCCGAUCCAGGGGAGUCAUACCAGGAGCAGCUGGAGGAGCAGAAAGUGUCCUGGAGCCAGCAGCUGCUGGACCACAGCUCCCAGGUCACGGUGCUGGACGUGCCAGCUGGCAUCAGCCCGUGCCUGGUUGAGGAGGCAAUUCCCGAGGGACCAGGGAGUUUCCUCCAUCUCCAGGAAGCUGCUCCCAUACAGCCACCAACGACCAGCAAGGCUUCCGAACAAGCAGCUGCUCCUGGGACCCCCCUGUGUGAAGCCUCGGGCUGUAGCCCCGGCCGUCCACACGGGCAGAGUCCAGCGCAGGACGCCGGGGACAGCGACGGUGCCGCCCUGCCCCGCUCCACUCGGGCUCCUGCAGCCCCCUGUGCGCCCUGUCCUGGCCCAGCUGUGCCGCUCGCCAGCCCGACGGCGGAAAGGCUGUGGCCGCUGCCCGGCGCGCAGGAGGAAGCAGGGCACAAGAAAGAGCUGUGGGAGCUGUACCAGCUGGGCCCGCAGCUGGGGAGCGGUGGCUUCGGCACCGUUUUUUCGGGAACCCGACUCUCCGACGGGAGCCCGGUGGCCAUCAAGCGCGUGGCCCGGGACACGGUCCUGCAGUGGGACGAGCUGCCCGACGGCACCUGUGUUCCAACGGAGAUCGUGCUCAUGAAGAAGGUGGGCUUCGGCUGCCACAGAAUCAUCCAACUCCUGGACUGGUUCGAGCUGCCCGACAGCUUCGUCCUGGUGCUGGAGCGUCCGGAGCAAUCUCGAGAUCUCUUGCGCGUCCUGGUGGAGCAAGAGUUCCUGAGCGAGGAGGCGGCACGCUGUCUUUUCUGGCAGGUGCUGGAGGCCGUAUGGCACUGCACCGCCUGCGGCGUCCUGCACCGGGACAUCAAGCCGGAGAACCUCCUCGUGAACCCGGAGACUGGCGAGCUGAAGCUCAUUGACUUCGGUUGCGGCACCUUCCUCCAGGAGCGGGCCUACACAGAGUUUGCCGGAACACGCUCGUACUGCCCGCCCGAGUGGAUCGGCCUGCGCUGCUACCACGGCGAUGGGGCGACCAUCUGGUCCCUGGGCGUGCUGCUGUUCGAAAUGGUGUGCGGGUUCCUGCCAUUCGAAAACGAGCGUGACAUCGUGUUGGGGCAGCCCAUCUUCCCGCAGGAGAUCUCUCCAGAGUGCCAACAUCUGAUCCGCUGGUGUUUGUCCAAGCACCCCAUGGAUCGGCCAGUGCUGGAGCAGAUCUUCUACCACCCUUGGGUGUUGGGCAGGCAUUUCUGAUGCCUUGCCACAGCCUCUGCAGCACCCAGUUCCCGUGUCCCACGCAGGACUGAGGGCUGAGAAAUAAAACAACCCGAAAGCCACUGCGGGCUGUCAAGUCUGGUCCU